AUGGAGACGAGGUUUGUGGUCAUAACUUUCCUUAUAAUCUACAUACUGGCCCAAACGAAUGCCAAUUGUGGCAAGAAGCCAAUUGUGGACGGGAAUUGCGACCAGAGAAUCAAGGGAUUUACUUAUGAAACCGCAGAAAACAGAUGCAAAAAGUUUAGGACAAAGGGUUGCACAGUGGGCAGAAACUAUUACCGCACCAGAAAUGAGUGUAAUUCCAAGUGCAAGGGAUGUAUAAAUUUGGGUGGCUUCAUGAACCGAGAUUCGGAAGAAAGUGAAAUCGAUGACUCCUGGAAGAAUGGUUCGGAAGCAGGCGAAGUUGAAACCAUCUCGAAAAGAGUUCUUCCGAAGUUGGUUAACAGAGGCUUGGAGAGAAAAGAAAUCGUUGACUUCCUUGUGGCAUCCAAUCAGUUUAUGGACAUGGUAGCAGCCUUCUUAUAUUUGCUUCGAUCACUUUGA